AUGCACGCACGUUCUGGAGGAAAUAUUGAAGUAAUGGGUCUAAUGCAAGGAAAAAUUAGUGGCGAUACUAUAAUUAUCAUGGAUGCUUUUGCAUUACCUGUUGAAGGUACCGAAACUAGAGUGAAUGCUCAAGCUGAAGCUUAUGAAUAUAUGGUUCAAUACCUAAUGACUAUAAAACAGGUUGGAAGGGCAGAAAAUAUUGUAGGAUGGUAUCAUAGUCAUCCAGGUUAUGGCUGCUGGCUUUCUGGUAUUGACGUAAACACACAAAUGACAAAUCAACAAUAUCAAGAUCCAUUUGUUGCUGUUGUGAUUGAUCCUAAUCGUACAAUAUCUGCAGGAAAGGUUGAAAUUGGUGCAUUUAGAACCUACCCACAAGGUUAUAAAGCUCCAGAUGAUGGUCCAUCUGAAUAUCAAACCAUUCCCUUGAGUAAAAUUGAAGAUUUUGGUGUUCAUUGUAAACAAUAUUAUCAGCUUGAAAUUUCACAUUUUAAGUCUACAUUAGAUACAUAUUUAUUAGAAUUACUUUGGAACAAGUAUUGGGUCAAUACAUUGUCACAAUCUCCUUUAAUCACGAAUAGAGAGUAUUCAGCAGGCCAAAUAUAUGACCUUGCUGAAAAAUUAGAUCAAACUGAAACACAAAUACAACAAAAUGGAAGAGUUUCUGGUUUUCCAGCUGCAGCUUCUUCCUCUUCUAGCAGUAAUAGUAACAAUAAUACCAACAAUACAUCAUCUGCUACUGAAAAAAAGAAAAAGGAAGAAACUCCGCUUGGAAAGAUUACUAGAGAUAGAUCAUUAAUUCCACAAUUAUCAACUGUAUUAUUUAAAAUUACAGGUCGUUAUAUUGAAAAUAAACCAACUGAUUUCGAUGCAAAAACCUUGGGCCGAAAAAUUCCAUCGCCACGUAGAACCAGAUUUGUCACUAAUCAACAAACACUUAAAUUCAUUCAAGAUGCAGAAAAACGUAUAUCACAAGUUAUCACUGAUUCUGAUGUUACUGUAUUACACUCUUCAGAAUAUGCAGCUCAUGGAUUAAUUUCUCAAGUUUUAAAAAAUGUUUUAUUCAAUCAAACAUACAAUAACAAUGAUGAUGAUAAAGGGGAUGAAAUGGAAAUUCCAUCCUGA